CUCAACUCGCAUCAUCUAUUUUUCAUAUCCCGAAACUGCAGUUAAAAAUACUCGAUCAUCGAACUCGGAAGCGUGCACCUUUAUACUACUUUCUCGGCAUGCAAUUCCUCGGUCGUACUACAUCUAAGCUUGGUCAGCGAGCGUCGUCCUAUUCAGUUUCGAAACUCGUGCCGCUUGCGGCUCGUCCAUUCAGCACUCUUCCUCGAGCUGUCACUGAAAUCACUCAUCCCGACGAUGAUGUCCCACAAAAAACUCUCGACGCUGUUAACCGAUACAAUCAGCAUACCAUCACAACUUACGGUCGUCCUAACAUUGUCAUUAGCAAGGGCAAAGGCAGUAGCUUGUACGAUACCAACGGACGUGAAUACAUCGAUUUUACGGCCGGUAUUGCCGUAGUAGCGUUGGGUCACGCUGAUCCUGGCGUCACCAAGGUGUUGACAGAACAAGCCAGCAAAUUAGUCCACAUCAGUAACCUAUAUCACAACGAAAAUGCCGGUGAAUUGGCAGACAAACUGAUCAACAAAACCCAUGACCACGGAGGUGCGUGGGCCAACAAGGUGUUCUUGGCAAACUCAGGUACCGAGGCCAAUGAAGCUGCUCUCAAAUUUGCUCGUAAAUGGGGCAAGCACGUUGCUGGCGAUGAUAAAUAUGAAAUUGUUUGCUUUACCAACGCAUUCCACGGUCGUUCCAUGGGAGCCUUGUCAGCCACUUACAAUCCAAAGUACCAGAAACCAUUUGCACCGUUGCUUCCCGGAUUUGUUACAGUACCUUUCAAUGACGUCGAGAAGGCGGUGGCUGCCAUCACCGAUAAGACGUGCGGUGUCAUUGUUGAACCGAUCCAAGGUGAAGGCGGUGUUCAUGAUGCAUCUCAAGAGUUCUUGGAGGCGUUGCGCAAACGUUGUGACGAAACCAAUGCUGUAUUGAUUUUCGAUGAAAUUCAGUGUGGUUUGGGACGUACGGGCAAAUUAUGGGGUCAUCAACACUUUAACUGCCAGCCCGAUAUCUUGACAUUGGCCAAGCCUUUGGCUAACGGUGUUCCUAUUGGCGCUGCGCUGACUAACGAGAAGGUUGGAGAUAUGAUCAAAUUGGGUGAUCACGGAACCACUUUUGGCGGUAACCCUCUUGCCACGGCUGUGGCCUGUCACGUAUUUGACCGUAUCAGUGAUGAUGCAUUUUUGAAAAUGGUCCGAGAAAAGGGCGACGCGUUAAAGUCCGGUCUCAAAGCAAUUCAGGCCAAACAUCCCGAUCUGAUCAAAGAGAUUCGUGGCAAAGGUUUAUUGCUCGGCAUGGAGUUCACUCAAGAUCCUGCCCCACUUGUGAAGAUGGCUCGCGAACGUGGCUUGCUCGUGGUGACUGCCAGCUGCAACACUUUGCGUGUCAUUCCUCCUCUGGUUCUCACCGAAGAAGAAGCUGAAAAGGGGUUGGCUCGUUUGGCCGGCGCCGUAGAACAAUUUGCUCAAACUGUAUCAUCUGCCUAGAAAAUCAUCAAGUUGAAGAUCAUGCCUAAACAUAUACAACCUUUACAACCAUUGCUUGAUGCAUAUGUGCGAUAUUUAUUUCUAUAGAAUACUUGGAUGACAGCAUACAACUUACUAGAAACAUAAAGACGCGUUUCAUGUGGUAGGGGGACCCGUAAAAAAUCGCUGAUGUAGACGAGCUCAAGGAGGAUGCAAACCAUCAUUUAUAUACAAAACUAAGAGACAUUACUGUAUGCAGAAAAGUCUAGUUUUGGCAUCUAAUUUCUCUUGCGAUUAAAGGAUUAUUCGGAAAUGGGUGUAUCAUAAAUAUUGUCCGUCUGAUAAAGAUCUCCAAGGAUAGCUUCAUCGUGAGCAUACAAGUGAUGAAUUUUUCAAUCUCCUCCUCGCUGAAAAUGAUUGGUUGGUUGUGGGUGGAUCAUUUCUGGAUGCCGCAUGCCUAC